AUGUUGAUAAUUUUUAUCGUUGUUCAUUUCAUUAGUGAAAUCAAUGCAAAUAGUAAACGGCGUAAGUCAAGCAUAAUUUUUAGAUUCACAAUAUUCAAAAUUAAUUUUAGUGCAAUACAGUAAUCCGUGCGUCAAAUUGAUGCGAUGUGUAACUCAUACUCGCUCCAUGAAAGAAAAUUAUCAAAGUGCUAAAGCGGAACUAAUUUUACUGAAUUCCGAAUAUCGACUUUGUAGAACUCAAAUAAACGCGACCAAAGAAUCCUGCUCAAUCAAAUCCGAAAAAAUGUUCGAAUUAUUCAAUCAAAUUCGAACAAUUCCACAAUUUGAUUGUGGUGUUAAAAAAGUGAAAAAUGAGGAGGAAAAACAACGCAAAAUUAAUCGAUACAAUUUGUGCGUUUCUGAUAGAUCCAAAAGUUUCUUGAAUGUUUAUCAAAACCCUUUAAGUUUAUUUGAUUGUGAGUGCAUUCAACUUCGAUAUACUGAUUGA